GCCAUCUCAAGUCAGGACUCGUCAAAUCCGCUGCUCUUCCCUCUCUCUAGUCAGACCACAUCUCAGACCACAACAACACCCUCUACCUCUUCGCCUGAGCAACACCUUGACUUGUUACGUGGUACUAUAAGAUUGCAACGUUCGAACAUCUUUCUCUCUAGUCAUCCCUCCUUUUUUACCAAUCCGAACCCGACGCAAAGUUUCAGAUGUUGCGGUAGAGAGAGAGAGAGACAGCCUCCUUAGGACCGACUCUCUUUUUCCCUCCCACCCUGUGUCCUUUUGGUUUUCCUCCCUCGUUUCGCGUCUACGUCCACGAUGCCUCUUAUCUUGGACUCGUCGUCAGAAUCCUCCGCCGCCGACGUCGGGCCAGAUCUCCAGGAAGUGCGUCGACGGGUACACCAUGAAGCCGACGUGGUGAUCGUAGGGGCGGGAGUCGUCGGGUCCGCGCUCGCGGUGGCGUUUGCGAACCAGGGUCGGAGUGUGAUACUUUUGGAAAAAUCUUUGAAAGAGCCGGACAGGAUCGUCGGGGAGCUUUUGCAACCGGGCGGUGUCGAGGCGUUGACCAGGUUGGGACUGCGGCACACUCUGGACGACAUCGACGCGAUCCCCGUCACGGGCUACACGGUGAUCUACUACGACGAGCAAGUGCCCAUCCCGUACUCUGUCAUCGCGGGACAAGUGUCGGACAAUGCGGAAAAGAAACAGUCGGGGGGGGGCCAGUUCGAAGGAAGGUCGUUCCAUCACGGUCGAUUCAUCUCGAAACUGCGCGCGGCCGCCAUGUCACAUGCGAACAUUACGGUUUUUGAAACAGAGGUCACCGGCGUGAUCGGGGCCUCGCACGUCUCCCAAAUCCUGGGCGUCGAGACACUCACGCGCAAGACACAAAAGGAGUGCUUCUUCGGGUCCCUGACGGUGGUCUGCGACGGGUACGCGUCCAAGUUUCGAAAGGGAUAUAUACCCUUUGCGCCCCGGGUCAAGUCGAGGUUCUGGGGUCUGGAGUUGAUCGAUUGCCAACUCCCGACGUCACAUCACGGGAACGUGGUGCUGGGGGACAAUUCACCGGUCCUGCUCUACCAGAUCGGCACGCACGAAACUAGGGUGUUGGUGGACGUCCCGGAGGGUCUACCGUCGGCCUCCCCGGCCAACGGAGGCAUCAAGGGUCACCUCCAGAACGUGGUUCUGCCGUCUCUGCCACGAGUGGUCCAACCUUCCUUCAGGGAAGCUCUGGACAGGGGUGGUGGGUUGAGAAGCAUGCCGAACUCGUUCCUCCCACCCACCACCAACAAGACCCCCGGACUCAUGAUACUGGGCGACGCCCUCAACAUGCGACACCCGUUGACCGGGGGAGGCAUGACGGUCGCCCUCAGCGACGUGGCCCUCGUUUCGGACUUGUUGUCUCCUGACAACGUGCCGGACCUGUACGACACUCGGUCGGUGCUGAAACAGUUGCGUUCGUUCCACUGGCGACGGAAAAACAUGACCUCGAUCGUCAACAUCUUGGCCCAGGCACUUUACAGCCUCUUCGCCGCCGACGACUGGCAACUGAAAUAUUUGCAAAAGGGUUGUUUCCGUUACUUCCAACUCGGAGGCAAGUGCGUCAGCGAACCCGUCGGGCUGUUGGGUGCCGUCAUCCACCAACCCUUUGUCCUGUUUUAUCACUUUUUCAGCGUGGCGUUGUACAGUAUUUGGAUCCUGUUCAGGGAGAAUGGAGUCUUGAUGUUCCCCCUGAGUUUGAUCCAGGCGGUGUUUGUUUUUGCAAAGGCUUGCGUGGUGAUCUUCCCCUUUAUAUUCGCCGAAUUGAGGAGUUAGAGAUUUGUAGUCAAGGGGUGUAUAAAUAUCAAUUGAUUAUCAAU